AUGAAUGGAAACACAAAGAAUAGCGACUAUGCUUCGCCCUUAUUCCUCGAUGUUGAGGAUAAAACAGAGGAGGCGUUGACAAAAUUUCAAAACUUGCAAAUUUCAACCUACCAACUGAAACUGAUUGCGGCACCUUCAAACAACAAACGACCUGAGUAUAUGACAUGUGAUUGUGAAGAAGAGUGGGAUGGAGAACAGGAAAAGAACUUGGCAUGUGGCGAGGAUUCCAACUGUAUAAAUAGACUCACUUCAGUUGAAUGCACUAAUCGACAUUGUUUGUGUGGAGAUGACUGUCAAAAUCAACGUUUUCAAAAACGACAAUAUGCUGAUGUAUCUGUUUUCCAAACUGAGCUUAAAGGUUAUGGAUUGAAAGCAAACAAGCCCAUUUCUGAAGGACAAUUUAUAUAUGAAUACAUUGGAGAAGUGAUUGAUGAAGGAGCAUUUCGUCAAAGAAUGAUUGAAUACGAUGUGAAAAACUAUAAGCAUUUUUACUUCAUGAUGUUGAAACCAGAUGCAUUUAUUGACGCCACGGAGAAAGGAUCACUUGCUAGAUUUGUAAAUCAUUCAUGUAACCCAAAUGCAUUUGUUGAUAAAUGGGUGGUUGGUGAUAAAUUACGAAUGGGAAUUUUUGCCAAAAGAAAAAUCGCUAAAGGUGAAGAGAUCACUUUUGAUUAUAAUGUAGAUAGAUAUGGUGCCCAAUCACAACCAUGCUAUUGUGGAGAGCCCAAUUGUAUUAAGUUUAUGGGUGGAAAGAAACAAACUGAUGCUGCUUUGUUAUUGCCUGAAGGUAUUGCAGAAGCACUCGGUGUUACUUCAAGAAUGGAAAAGGCAUGGUUGAAGGAGAACAAACAUGUAAGGGCUGAUCAACAAAAGGAUGACUCAACCAUAAAUGAAAUGUUUGUUCAAAGUUUGGAAGUGGAGCCUAUGCAAGAUGCUGAUGUGUCGAAGGUUAUGGCAGCUUUGCUCAAAUCGCAACAGGUGCUGAUUACUAGAAAAUUGAUUAUGCGAAUGCAUAUGACGGAUGAUCCAACUGUGAAUUCACUAAUGGUAAAGUUGCAUGGUUAUAAGACAUUAUCAGGUGUUUUGCAAGGCGUUGAAGAUGAAGAUUUGAUAAAAAUGAUUUUAGAGAUUUUAUCCAAAUGGCCAGCAAUGACCAAAAACAAAAUUUCAUCUUCUCAAAUUGAAGAUGUUGUGAAGGAGAUAGAAGCUAAUUCAACUAAUGAGGAGAUUAGGCAAUUAGCUUCCGACUUGUUAGCACAAUGGUCUGUGUUGGAAAUGGCUUAUCGAAUUCCAAAGACCCAAGCAUCUGACAAAUCUUUAAUGGAGUCAUAUGGCAGGGUUUCAAGAUCACCCGAGCACCUGAACGGUAACACAUCCGGUGUUAUAAAUCAUGAUCAGCUGAAUUUUGCUCAGUAUUCAACUAAUGUAUCACAAGUAUACUCAGCAACUCUUCCUAAGGGACCAGCUUCUGUUCCUAAUUUUGGAUUACCUGAAAAUUGGCAGGCUCAAUUUGAUCCCAAUACUCAAAAAUAUUAUUAUUACAAUGUUUUGACACGAGAAACCACAUGGGAUAAACCAGGUGUAUCUAUACCAACGCGACCCAAACUCCCCACUGGGCCCAGCAGUAUGAUUAAUCAACAGCCUCAAACCUCGCACUCCAGUCAAUAUCAAAACGGUCCACCAUCACGUAAUAAUAACAUUGAAGAGGAAAUUGCUAGACGUGAGGAAGAAAAGGAAAGACGAGAAAGAGAAUCCAGAGCGCAGGAAUUGUUGAAUAAGGAGCGCAAAUUGAGAGAAUUGAUUGAACAAGCUCAAUCAGUUAAGUCAACUCCUGAGCCAGAAAAGAAAAGCAAGCAUAAACACAAACAUGAGCAUAAACAUAGACAUGGGAGAACUAAACUGCAUGAAGGAAAAGGUACAGCGGCUUUGGACGAUGAUGCUAGAGUCAGUAAAGAAUCCAAACAUAAAUCCUCGAGCCAUCAACAUAAAAAAAAGGAAGUCAAAGAAACAUCACUUGAAGCACAAUGGAAGCACAUCAUGGCUAAACAUGUACCCAAUUUACUUAAAUCAUACGUUGAAGAAAUUGGUAAAGAUAACGUUAAGGGAUGUGCUAAAGAGAUUGUCAAUAAUUUGGCAUCCCGAGAAGCCCACAAAGGUGUACCGCCGUCUUCAUCAAAGGAAUUGGAUAAGCACAAAUUGAAAAAAUUGAAGGAGUAUUCCGAUACAUAUAUGGAUAAAUUUUUGUCCAAGUAUAGGAGCAAACAUCACGGCAAAAGGAAGUUGGGUGAAGAUGAAGCGAAUGCUACUUCUCGAGAAGAGAGUAGAGGAAUUGACCUGAAUGUUAGCCUCCUGAAUAUUGACACUAAUGGUGAAGUAGAAAGCGAAGAAAAUAAGAAAGUAAAGCUUGAUAGUGGUGUAUAG